AUGGGAAGCCAGCAAGGCCCGCGCCCAGCUCUGGGUGCUACCUUCUAUCCGGGAGGUGUCGAUGACUUCUAUAUGCCAGGAGUCAUCUCUCCUUCGCCUCAAAGGAUCACACCAGAAGUUCCCGGUAAGAUCCAGGACAAUCUCGCCCAUCUAGAGCUUGAUGAUGCACCGGGCGAUGGCUUGUCUGGACUGCAGUCACCCUCUCCCGCAAGCGGAAAACAAGGCAUCAUGACACCCUCCUUCCCAAGCAAGAAAUCGUCCUUCUCGAACCUCAAUGUGACCGACGGUUCAAGUCAGCACCAGAUCUACCAUACUCAACCUCACAAUCAAUCUCAAGGCCAUGGAGCACAUAAUGUUGACGCAAAUGAACAACCAACGUUUUCGCCAUUUCCCCCACUUCGCAACCGCCCAGCGAACGUUCCCCCGUCAGUUGAAGAGAAGGAAGGCAUCCUCGAAAGUGCGCGCACACCUGUCUUGAGUUCAGAUGAUCCGGAGAUGCAGUUGAGCUGGGCUCAAGACACCCUAGUCUACGUUGAAAUUGCGGCCCAAAACGAAGUACGGAUCUCUGAAAACCAAGCAGCAAGGCCUCGAACACCUCAUACAGAGCAUCAACUGCGGGUAGAUGCCAUCAAUAUCGUGUCAUUCCUGGCUGAUCAGCACCACCCCAAAGCAGAAUUUAUGAAAGGCAUGUGGCUGGAAUUUGGCAAAUUCAAUUAUCGAGUAGACAAGAAAGAAGCAUUUCGAUGUUAUCAGCGGGCAGCACAGAAAGGAUAUGCAAGAGCCGAAUAUCGGAUAGGCAUGCAAUUCGAAAGCUACAAUGAUCCUGAGAAAGCAAUAAAGCAUUACACUUUGGGUCUACAAGCCGGUGACUCCGCCUCUUACUAUCGUCUCGGAAUGAUGACUCUUCUCGGGCAACAUGGCCAGCCUCUGAAUUAUGAACGAGGCGUUAAGCUUAUUAGCUACUCGGCACAGACUGCUGACGAGAACGCACCCCAAGGAGCAUACGUUUUCGGCAUGCUGCAAGCCCACGAAUUAGCCCAGAUUAACCUACCCGAGGAGUGCCUACCAUUGAAUAUUACCGGUGCCAGGUUCAAUAUAGAGAAAGCCGCGUACCUAGGGUUUGCGAAGGCACAGAGCAAGAUGGGCUUGGCAUAUGAGCUCUGCCAGCUUGGCUGCGAAUUCGACCCUGCUCUUUCACUUCAUUACAGCGCCUUGGCUGCUAAACAAGGCGAGCCCGAAGCCGAAAUGGGCAUCAGCAAAUGGUUCCUGUGUGGAUUCGAAGGCAUGUUCGAGAAGAACGAAGAAUUGGCUUUCACGUACGCGCAGCGUGCAGCACAAAGUGGAUUGGCAACUGCAGAAUUCGCAAUGGGCUACUUCUGCGAAAUUGGUAUCUACGUCCCCAUGAAUCUCAAGGAAUCUAGAUCAUGGUACGAGAAGGCAGCGGAUCAUGGCAACAAAGACGCUACAGCAAGAAUUAACGACAUAUCUCGCUCAAACACUUUGUCUAAGAAAGAUCAUCAGAACAUUGCAGUCGCCAAAAUCCAAUCACAGUAUGGCUCACACAGGGGAAAAAGGCCUGAACGCUUCAAGAACCCUCCGACGGCCAUGCCUACAAUAGCGGACAAUCCCAUCGACAUGCCAGAACCAAACCUACCCAGACCGAAACCUGGGUCAAAUCCAUCUUAUGCGUAUAGAAGCGCAGACAAUCCAGCUCCACGGCCUGCUUCCGCCGCCCAAUACCCCAUGGAGAAUGGCCGAGGCCGACCUCCACAAAGGCCAGCAAAUGGAUCAAGCUAUGCCAAUCCCAGUGUCCCCAAUAACCCGGACGCCCGGCCAACUUCAGCGGCCGCAGCAGAAGUUUCAUUUGGCGAUAAUAACUACAGAGGUUCAGCUUACCCCACAUUCCAACCUGCUCAAUCUAGUAUAGCUGUUGAAAACAUUGGAGCUGGGCGUGGAAGAGUUGGCCCAGCAUAUGGAGGUUCUGGUGUGCAACGCCCUCCUCAGGGUUACCAGCAGGCCAAUUCUGGUUAUACAAGUCCGCGUCUUCCCGGAUCUCCUGCCUUGAAGAGCUCAAGACCGCCGAGUGGGCAGCCUCCUGCGAUAGAUAUCGGUUACUCGGCUCCUCCCGACCCAUCAGGUGCCGACCGCAAGAGGAGACAACAAAGAUCGGAUAAUGCGAACAUGCCUCCGCCCAGACACCCAAGCUACGACGUCUCAGCAGGCCGACCACAGGACAGACUAUCAGGUCUACCGCAUUCACAGACCAUGCCCGCAUUCAAUCGUCCCGAUAGUGCGCAAGUGAAGCCUAAUCCUUCCGGAAGGCAAGGCGUAUCUCGACAGGAUAUGCCUCCGAGAGUUGAUAGUGCAGCACCCUUACCGAACAUUCCUCCCAAAGCACCCAACCUGGAUCGACCAGCUGCUACACCACCUCCCAGUGGUCCUGUAUCGAAGCCCCCGGGUAAAGGUCCGAAAACGUUCCAAGAGAUGGGUGUACCGGCAACAAAGCAAGAAGGUGAUUGUGUCAUUAUGUAA